UUCGAAGUCAAACCGUUUUGCUCAAAUACCGCGUCCAUUGUUUCCCGCCUCGAAAUUAAUAACCACUAAAAAACAAUAAUAUUAUCGUCUUCAGUUCUACUGGCGAUGCAAGAACUCUAAAAAACAAGCUAGCAUUAAUUUUUUUCAGGUAUUUGGUCGUCAAGUAGGAAAGAUUAAUUUCACUCGAUGUGUGUUCGACAGCUUCGUCGAAAUUUUCGUCUAUUCUUUAUGUCCUUGCUCCCGAUCGUUUUAAUUCUUCUCUCAGGUUUUCAAAAUGUUUUAGCUUUAAACAAAAAGGAAUCUAUCAAGUACUUUUUAGAACAUUUUGAAUCAAGUCGAAGUACUUACCUUCCAGCCAACAAGACCAAGGUCCGUACUCUCAUUCAAGAGAAGCUCAAGGAGCAAGGUUUUAAGACAAGCUUUCAAGCUGUACCUGUUGGACAGGAUUCUUAUAAUGUCAUUGGACGUAUUGAUGGUAGCUUUGUAAACACUGCAGAAGACCGUAUAUUUAUUGUGGGUGCACAUUAUGAUACUUACCAGGACUCCCCUGGGGUUGAUGACAAUGGGUCAGGCUUGGCAGCUUUGCUUCAAGUAGCUCGACAAUUUAAUGAUCCAGAUCAAGAUUGUCAAAGAAACUACACAUUAAUAUUGGUAGCAUUUGACCAGAAAGAAUGCCAAUCCUGUAACAAUGAAGAUCGAUUCCAGUGCAUUUGUAGCUAUGGCAGCGCGACAUUCAUCAAGGACCUGACCGGAUACCUCGGAGUUAGUAACGAGAAAGGGAAAAUCGAAGGGGCGGUGAUUUUGGACGGUAUUAUGAACUUUGAUUCAUCGUACGACUCCCAGAAUUUCACGGAGCUUGAAAACCAUGUUGAUGAUUCGGUUAGAAGUACUGUAAGCGAGAUUCAAAGGAAUAACAAUAGAGGAGAUUUUCUGUUGGCCGUCGGACGAACAGUCAAAGAAGAUUAUUUGUUUGACAAUAUCACAAAAUACUUCAGGGAGAGUCAGUAUCAUAGAGGUGAAUUUAAACUUCGAAAUUUCAAGUUAGCUUUCCAGCAACGUCCUUCUACGCUCAAUUCCGUCGCGCGGGACAACUACAGAUAUUUUUUCGAUAGUGAUCACUACAGCUUCUGGAAUAACGAUCCUCCUAUAAAGGCUUUGUAUCUGACAGAUACUUUGGACUUCAGGGGUUAUAUGAAGUACUGUUACCAUAAUGAAUGUGACAACCUCUCCCAUGCCACAUCAGACAGGCUACACUUUCUAACGAACACCGCUGACGCAGUAGCAAUGACGGCGCUUGAAGACACUGGAUUGGUUGAAUGUAUCCCUCGAACUUUUGGAAACGUGAGUGAGGUUUACACGUCAGAUUCUGGUGAGUUCCAGUCCCCUGGUUACCCCACCAAGUAUCCCAACAAAGCAGACAGUAUUUGGACCAUUACUGUAUCCUCUGGUCACGUGGUAGACUUAUGGUUCACGGAAUUUGACUUGGAGGCUAAUGAGUGCAAAAGUGACUUCGUUGAUGUUUGGAAUGACUAUGAUGCUACAUCGCUCAUAGGUCGUUACUGCGGUAAAAUAGCCGCAUCAAAGAUCCACCUCAAAAGCAAGGGACGAACGAUGCAAAUACGCUUCAGGUCUGAUGACUUUAUCACAUCCAAAGGGUUCAAAGCCAAAUGGAAAGCAAGUAAAGGGUCUUCUCUGAUUGGUAGUUCGUUGCUAAGUUACCUUUGUUUGGCACUGAUAUUUCUAUGGAAACGGACCUAAGUUAUGGACGACUCUUGGUAAUAACGCCUUGAAGAAAUAAUUGGAGGUUUUAGGCCAUAAAAAAAGAUUAUUGCAAAAGACCGUGAACGAUAGCAAGUGAUGGUAAACGAUGGCAGGUGAUGUUGAACGAGAGUAACUGAUGGUAAACAAAGGCAAGAAUAAUAGCCAUAUACUCAAGACUUAGAUCCAUAUGGUCCCAAUAAAGAGCAUGAUAACAAGACAGGUCUGAAAAGCAAAGAACAGCUAGUAAUGGUAAAUGAUACAAGCAAGGGUGAGCUGUGUAACUACAGUUUUAACCAUGCGGCUAUAAGGAAUGGACUGACCUCUAAGGAGUAAAGAAAGUAUAAAAAAUCAUAAUUUAAUGCACGAUGCUAAAUAUUAUUAUAAUCGUACGCAAAAAGACAGUGACUCAGCACCAAGGGUAGGUUACCCGUGUUGAAUCAAGGACACAAUAGAGAUGUGGUCAUAAGACAGAUUUAGCAAUGACACGGCCUUAAUACGACUGCGGGAGUAAAUUUUGAUCUUGCGCGCGCCUUCGUUUGCAGGCCUGAUAUGCCGAUCAAGGAGCAAGUCAUCCGUCCUCUAACMUGCGGUCGUUUAGGUCUCGCCAAGCAACAAGGGCUUACAAGGCCAUUGCAAUCCUUUUUCUUGAGACCAAAAUGAUCGUAGGCGUGUUGGGACGAUAGUGCACUUGUACAUAAACGACACAUGCGCAAAAACACUUUUUAGUAACUACUUUUAAGAACCAAUUUUUUAAAAUAAUUUAUAAGAGAGAUGUUUUCAGCUAGCAAGCAUGAGAACUGGUAACAGUUAAGUAAAGGCAUAGCUUGGGUAUCAACAGAAUUCCCAGGCUAUGGCUUAGACUCGUUUUAAAAUCACACUAGAGUAUGCGCAGUUGAUCACCUUUUUAUAUAUCCAUAUAAUCGUAUGAUAUUAAAAAAGAAAUUUCGUAAACAGUA